UUCGUCGAGAGAGGAUUGUGAUCAGAGAGCUACAGUGCUGCUAGCACUCAAUCACAUUUUGACAGAACGAUCAUCCAGCAUUGCCUGGACGAAGAAGAAGAGGUCGAGGAAGAAGAAGAAGGAAUGAAGAUCACUCAUCCCAGAGCUUUAAUUCUUUCCAGUGCUCUCUAGAGAGGAUCAAGAGAGAAGUUCAUAUUGUCGUGUGUGUGUGUACGAGUGCUUCUUUCCCUCUUCUGACGAGCAAUUGCGUGUUUGCUAUCAGAAAUGACAGGUUUUACACCGCAAAUGUGAUAAGGCCUGUUCUUCCCUCGCGGCCUUGCUCGCGAGAAACGAAUGGAUUUUGAGCUCCUUUUUCGUGGACCAUCUCCGUCCUAGAAGCUUUUUGGAGCUGCUGGUGUUGUGAUUGGUUGAUGCCAAGAUGUUCCAUCCAUCAAUCUUUCGUUUUUCCUUCCUCUCCUCUCUGGCACAUCUUUGUCACAUCUUUGUCACACUUGACACAACGCUUAGUCCUUUGCAGCAAGCAUAUUUUGUUUUGUGAGGGGUAGCAUGCCAGGCCUUACCAAAGGUUGGUUUUUUUAAUUCUUUCUCCGCUCUCCUCUCGUUUUCUCCUUCCCUGCGAGCAAAUUCUUUUAGAUAUGCACCAAGGUAGAAGCAAACCAUGCAAGAAGAAGAGAAAGAACACAGCCCUUCCUGGCGAGAACAAGUUCAUGAAGUUGAGGUUCACGGUGGUGGUGGCGGACAAGACUUUCUUGGCCUUUCUCGUGCUCAUGGCUAUGGUUUCUAGCACCGCCUCCAAGACCAUUCAAAUCAGUGACGAUGGAAGCCAUGACAAUCUUUCACUUCCAAGUCCAAAUGAUCCAGGAAAGACUUGGAGCAACAGUGGCGAGCUCACAAUUCUGGGCAAAAAACCUGGUUUGGCUGCAAGGUUGAUACUACAUCCACCAGAGACGAGAUUCGCGUUUGGAUUCUUCGCCGCGCCUCGCCCGGCGGGAGCGUUCGUCCUCGCGGUGUUCCUCUAUCCGCACAGAAGCGCGAGGCACCGGCGACGAGUGUGGUGCGCCAGUGAUGACAAGCAAGUGCCCAUCCUUGUCGGCGAGAAUGCCACGCUCGAGCUCCGCCACAACGCGCUGGUGCUGCUAGAUUCGCAACGCAAUCCAGUGUGGUCUUCUUCUUCUUCAUCUUCAUCCUCUUCUUCUUCUUCUUCCGCGACUUCACCACCAUUUUCUUCCAAUUCUUCCUCUCUGGAGCUUCGCAGCGAUGGAAACUUGCUCGUCAAGGACGAGCGCGAUGGCAGCGUCGCGUGGGAGAGUUUCCAGCGUCCCGUGGAUGUUUUACUCCCUGGGCAGGCUCUCGAUCCAGGCAUGCAACUGGUUAGUGGUCCUUACAGGCUUUCCAUGGAAUCCACAGGCCUCGUCCUUUACCACGGGACCUCUCAAGUAUGGACAUGGAGUCUCUGUAGCAACAGGAGAUCUAGCUGCGAUCUCUCUGUCCAUGCCGAGCUGAGUUCCACUGGACUCCAUCUCGUCCAUGGACCACCUCCACCAGGAGCUCCACUUUCCUGUAGCUGUGAUCCUGGAAGCUACGAUCCCAUCAAAGUUUUAAGCGGCCACUCGGCCCUGGCGCUUCUUCUCAGUGAUGCUGGUGUUGUUCACGUCGACGUCGAGUGCUCCGAGAGUGACUCUCUGGUGUCGAGGUCGCAGCGUUUUCUUUCCUCGAGACGCCACAGCUGCCAGCUUUCCGACGGUGAAAGGCCGUGCAGCAUUUGUAGCAAUGCUUCCAACUGUCGGUGCGCGGCCAACAUCGCCACGGAAAACGUCCACAGCUUGCUUGCGAUUUCCAAAAAUGCUAGCGAGAACUCAGUUCAUAGUCAAGGACACAUGCUUGAAACUCGCCGAUCACUCGGAGCUGGAAGAUCACUUCUCGCUAGCCUGUCGUUUCGAAAGCAGCCAGCAACACAAUCUAUCAAGUAUAAAGCAACAGUGGCUCUCUCUGGAUUCCUUGGAGCUGCUGCCUUGGCCAUUCUUGCGGCGCUGUGUGCCGAGAAGAAGCAGCCAGCGAAGGCACCUCAAGCCAAGCCUUCUUCCAAGCCCGAGAUCAAAAACCUCUUCCCAUCGGUUAUCCCGCAAAAGUUCUCAUUCAGCAGCCUCAGAAAGAUCACCGAAAACUUUGCCAAGCAGCUGGGUGACGGCGGCUUUGGAGGUGUGUACGAGGGAUGCCUCAAGGACGGAAGCAAAGUGGCCGUCAAAGUCCUGGAACAAACCUCAACUCAAGGUGAGAAGGAAUUCAAAGCGGAGAUGAAUACCAUGGCUAGCGUCCGUCACGUCAACAUACUGCAACUCAGGGGAUUCUGUGCCGAAAAGAAGCAUCGAGUUCUUGUUUACGACUUUAUGCCAAAUGGCUCGCUGGAUAGAUGGUUGUUUUCAGCUCCAGGAAAAGGAGGUAUCCUUGACUGGCCAAAACGUUUUAGCAUUGCUGUUGGAACAGCGAAAGGACUAGCGUACCUUCAUGAGGAAUGCAACCAGCAGAUUAUUCAUUUGGACGUGAAGCCAGAGAACAUCCUCCUAGAUAACAACUUUGUAGCAAAGGUUGCCGACUUCGGCCUCUCAAAACUGAUCGACAGAGACAAAAGCAAGGUCAUCACCAACAUGAGAGGAACGCCAGGCUACCUUGCUCCAGAAUGGAUGCAUCAGUCCUCCGUCACCACCAAAGCCGAUGUCUACAGCUUUGGUAUGGUGUUGCUGGAGCUCAUCUGUGGACGGGAGACAAUCGACUUAACCAAAGGCUCGGAGCAGUGGUACUUACCGGCCUGGGCCGUCCGCAUGGUGGAAGAAGGCCGAACACUAGAACUGGUUGACGACCGCCUCCAGGAGGAAAUCGAGUACUUUUACGGAGACGAUGCGAAGCGGUCAAUCCGAACAGCGCUGUGCUGCAUUCAAGAGGACCCUGUACAGCGACCGAAGAUGAGCAGAAUAGUACAAAUGCUAGAGGGUGUGGUCGAGCCAAAGAUACCUCAACUUAGCAGACUGCCGAUUCAGCCAGCAACAGCAGCCUCCAGGAUCAAAGAUAAACUUGCAGCGCUCGCAAGCGCCAUCUCCCAGGAAGAAGGAUCGUUACAACCGUUCGGUGGCCCGGUCGGUGAUCGUGCCGGGGACGAUGUAAGUUUCAACGCCUGGGGUCUCAGUGGCGGGCCUGUGGCUGGACAUGCGAGAACGCUACUCAAGGCCAGGAACCAGCCAUGCAUUCCGCCUUGGCCAGUUAAAGGCGACGUUGUGAUUGUCAAAGGGAGUGGAAAAGGUGGGGAGUUUGCUCACGCAGUCAUUCGGGACGUCAAGGUUCGGACGCAGCAAGUGAGGCUGGCACUUUUGGAGAAGGUCGCUGACACAAAAUGGGUGGUUAUGGAGGAGGAAUCGUUAUGGAGGCAAUGGAGCGUAAUGCUGAGGACUCUGGAGUUCUGGGUGCCAGUAAAAUGGACGACACUUCCCGGGUUUGGCCCUCAGAAGUUCCCAGUCGAGUGGACCUCGGAUCAAUGCUGAAACACAAGAAGUUCACGUAAGCACUGUAUUUUUCGGAAGUAAGUCUUGCUUUACCUUUGUUCUCGCGAGCAACUGUUGUACAUCGCUCAUUUUUUUUUUCCUUGCUUCUGUUAAGAGAAAAAAAAACUUGUUAUAUAGUG